AUGACAAGCUUUCCUGACAUAUUUUACCUUCAAAACCACCAACACUCAAAACUAAAUACCUACACAUGUGAUUUCUGUGAUAAAACAUUUAGAAUGCAGGUUGGACUGAAGCAACAUCUCCAGGUCCACUCUGAUGACAAACCAUUUCAGUGUUUAGAUUGUGGUAAAUCAUUCAAGCGGCAAAGUCAUCUUAACACACACUCUGCCAUCCAUACCGGACAAAAGACUCACCGCUGUGAUGCCUGUGAUGGUAUGUUUAGUGACCUGAGUGGUCUUCUGAGACACCAGGUCGUCCACACUGGUGAAAAACCGUUCAAGUGUGACAUCUGUGGUAAGCGUUACGGUAGAAUGGGUACACUGCAGAGACACCUGGUAAUACACUCGGGGGAGAAACCUCACAAGUGUGAUGUCUGUGGCAAAGGAUUCUCCGAUAAAAGUGGCCUGGCAAGACAUUUCAUGAUCCAUACGGGAGACGCUCCGUUUAAGUGUAGUAAGUGUAGUAAAGCAUUCAUUCACUCUACACAUCUCAGUCGACACAUGAAGACUCACAAUAAAGACACACACACGUGUGACCAGUGUGGUCAGCUAUACACUAGUAAACUGUUACUAACCAAACAUAAAAAGUUACACAAAUGAUAAACAAAACAUACUGUAAAUGCAGAUAUUUUAGUGGUUAUCUUAUUUCAGAGUUUUUCGCUAAAUAAUGUGCUUGUUGUAGUUUAUCUACAUUAGUUUCUAUGGCAGCAAUUCAUCAUUCUGCUUAUCUGUUUUGAUUGAGUUUUGUGUUAAGACUUGAGUGUGUCAAAUUUCGUAUGUUUGCAGUAGUUGUAGUAUAAAUUAUUCAGUAAAGGAAUGUCGGUUUUAGGAAAUUGUGUUAAAAGUACUGUAAUAUAUAUGCUUUAUGAAAAUGUUGCAUUUUCAUAGGAUACAUCAAUUUGUAGAUCAUCAAUAUGAAAUGUAUAUCAACUAUUAAUAAAUAUACAUUAUGAUUAGGUUUCGGACAAAAAAUAAAUAGGGGCCGUGUUGGUUAGUGGUUAAUUAGGUGCCCCAGCCCUUUUAUCACUAGCCCUCCACCUCUGAGUUGCCCCAUGUGGGGCAGUUGCCUGGUACUGACCAUAAGUCAAUGGUUUUUCUCCGGGUAC